GACGUGAGCGAGUACGCUUGAUUGUUUUUUUGCGAAAAUGUCGAAGAUUCUAUUGAUUGUGUGCCUUGCACUUUGCUGCACUACAACUUUUGUGACAGGCCGCAGGCAGAUUUGGUGGUACAAAUCGGGUAAAGUUCAUCACCAAGUCUCAUACUCACCGGAGUUGGUACAAGACUUGACGGAAUUUCUGGAUCUUAUACCGGCUGCGGUUAUUGAUGAAGUUGUCGCAGAACAUUUAAUUGUUGACUCUGGUUUUCGCAAGGCAAUCAAAUUUCUGCGCAGUUCGGAAUUCAAGCAGCUGGUACAACGUGCGGAACAAUUGCCCGAAGUCAUUGAGGUUAUAAAUUUUCUGCAUCUCAAUGAUACGAGUAUCAGGAAACGGCUUCAUUUUCAUAAUCGCCGCAACCGGCAGCUAAUCGUUGAAGGCGCUGCAGUGAAAGAGUAUGCCUACUUUGUAUCAAAUGGUUUAUCGCAAAAAAGUCUACAAGAGGGUGUGGUCGUUGUAUUCCUGCCAGAGUCCCAGAACACCAUUGAGACGCCUGCUAGCUUGGGCAGCUUCGUUAGCUUUAUCCAGGAACUUUUGACGCAUUUGCCUCGGGAUCGUUUUGUAGCUCUAAUCAAUGAGAAACGCAAAAGUGGAACCGUGUUCCCCAAAUUUUAUACGGCACUGCGUAGUGACGAGUUUAAGCAACUUGUCGAGAAAACAAUGAAAUCGACGAAUGUGCAGAAUAUUCUUAAAACGUUGGCCAGCCAUGAAAUUGAUGCUAACGCACUAAAAGGAAUUGCCUUUGAAGUUAUCUCAUGGGGCCCAGAAGUUUAAUUUAUCAAAGAGAAAUUACUUUAUAAAUUCAGUUGACUGCAUUUAAUAAACUGAGCUGGAUGCAUGUUUAUCUGUUAAAUAAUAAAUGAAUUUAAUAUGAUCUUC